AUGUUGAGAUAUCCUCCUUCUUCAGACUAUUGCCGGCUCUGUGUAAAAAGCUGCAAUAAUUAUCAGCACAGCCUCUAUGAUGAGACCGGUCAAGCUAACUCAAAUCAUGAUAUGGUGGGCAAAUAUUUUACCAGCGCAAUGUUGAAUAUGGAAUGGGAGCAACGACUUCAAUACAUCUGCGAGAAAUGUUGGCAGCAUAUAUGGGAGUUUCAUCAAUUCCAAGAGUCCAUUAUUGAGGCACAGCAGGGCCCUCAUCUGCAUACAGAAGCAGCAAAAGAAGUUGUGAAAGCUAGGAAGAGGCCAAAAGUAAAGUUAAUUGAGCAGGAAACACAACUGGUGUUGCCUAGUGCCAAGGCAUUGAGCACUAGCGCUGAAGGUUUUAUCAAGACUACGGACCUUAGCUUUCAUAUAAAAACUGAAGAACCUUUAGAUAUCAACAGUGAUUGUGAGGGCAUGUCGUCUCAGAGCCUGGACCAGUUAAGGGAUGAAGAAGUGUCUCUGACCAAUGCAGCAUUGACGAAUGAUGUUGAAUCCAACCCAGAUUUCAGCUCAAAUGAUGACAUGCCCUUAUCAUCUUUGAGCCACAUCAACCUUUCCUUUUCGGAAAGUAAAUGUGCUGCUACAAAAAGGUCUGUAGAGGAGUUUGAUGAGCUGGUAGCUUUGUGGCGUUCCUCCUUGGAGUGUGAAAUUUGCCAUCAGCUGAUGGCCAGCUAUUCCCAGUUGAAGGAUCAUUUUAGCAAAAACCAUACUUCAGAAAUUUGCUACCUUAUGUGUUGCCAACUGAGGCUGGAUAAUCGUUACGAUUUGGAGAAACACAUACGCUAUCAUAGUGCCCCGCAACAGCUUAAAUGUGAUGCCUGUUGUAAAGCUUUCCGUUUGGUGCGACUUUUAAGAGAUCACAAAAGGAAAGUUCACACCAGCAAGGGAGGAGAUAAAAAUGCCAAAGCCAGCGAGAAGUUGGAAGUUGGGAAAUAUCGUUGCUGCACAUGUUUGAAAGAGUUUGCAUCGAAAACACAUUUAUAUACCCACAAUCGUGAUGUCCAUAAAACCAAGAUCUUUGAAUGUGACAUUUGUGAAAAAUCGUUUACGCGUUCGGCUACACUGCGCCAGCAUUUGGCUAGCCACAAAGGCGAGAAGACGCAUGGCUGCUCAUUUUGCCCUCAGGCAUUCACCUCUCGAGCUUAUUGCCGUCGACACAUGAGAACAAAUCAUUCCGAGGAAUGGAAGAAAAUGCAAAAUGAGUCGGCCCAAAAAAAGGGGGAGUUUCGGCAAGAAACUCGCGGAGAGUGUAUGUUUUAUGUUUGCCUUUAUUGUUCUAUGGAAUAUAACAAUAAGCGUUCCAUAUACAAUCAUCUCAAUCGAUGUCAAAGAUACGAUGGACCAAUAGAGACUAAAAGCGGGUUUCGGCGAGAAACACGGGGAGAGAGUGUGGUCUUUGUUUGCAUUUAUUGCUCCAAGGAGUAUGGAAAGCAGAUUUCCAUGCUUAAUCAUAUCAAGCACUGGCAUGGAUCAAUGGAGCCUAAAGAGGGGUAUCGACGAGAAAUUCGGGAAAAGAAUAAGGUCUAUGUUUGCAGUUAUUGCUCCAAGGAGUAUGAUAAGUAUCAAUCCAUGCACAAUCAUAUCAGGCAGCGGCAUGCACCAAUAGAGCUUAGAAAGGGGUAUCGGCUAGAAAUUCGAGGAAAGAGUAAGGUCUAUAUUUGCAUUUAUUGUUCCAAAGAGUGUGAAAAGUGGCGUUCUAUACUCUCCCAUCUUCACCGAUGUCAAAGAGACAAUGUACCAAUGGAGCCUAUAAAGAGGUAUCGGCUUGAAUCUCGGGGAGAGCGUAUGGUCUACGUUUGUAGCUAUUGCCCCAAGGAGUAUAAUAAUCGGUUUUCGAUGUGCAAUCACUUCAAACGAUGUCAUAAAGACGAUGGAUCUGUGGCAAAGCAGGCAUCCGGAAUUACGGAAUCCCCAGCACCAAGUGAACAGCAAUCCCAUUAUACUGGGAUUAUAGGGCUGAAGACAACUGAUGUCAGCAACAUAACAUCAGAUGGUGAUAACUUAAACGAGCUGGGCAAAGAAGAAGAGGAUUCAAUGAUGGCCACUAUGGAGGCAAGAGAGUUGAAAGACGAAAAUGCAACAAGGGCUAAUGUGAAGACCGGACAAUUUUCAGCUAAUACAAAUGUCUUGAGAAAUGGGCAAAUGUAUGAAAAUGAAAUGCCACUAGAAGAAUUCAUUAAAUCCGAAGAAGAGUUUAUUGAUUUGUAA